AUGAAGUUCUCCACCGCAGCCAUCGCCAUCCUCGCCGGCGUCGUCGCCGCCGCGCCCGCCUCAGACGUCUCUCAGCGUCGGGCCAACGGGGACACCGAGGUCGCCCAGCAGCUGCAGUCCACCCUUGCCCGCAGCAAUGCCAACGUGGCCAACGUGGCCGGGACCGGCGCGCAGGCCAGCACCAAGCGCAAGCGCGGCGGCCAGAAGGCUGCCGGCGGCGGUAACAACCAGAGUAAUGCCGCCGACGAGGAGGAGGAGGAUGCGGCCGGCAGCGGCAACAACGCCGAUGAUGCGGCUGCUGGUGCCGGUAACCAGAAGAACAAUGCUGGCGGAGGCAACGCUGGUGACAAUGCGGACGCCGCUGCUGGAGGUGGUAACGCCGACGAUGCGGCCGCUGACUGCGGCAACGCUGCUGGUGAAGAGGACGCCGCUGCCGAUGGUGCGGCCGCCGACGCUGGCAAUCAGAAGAACGCCGGCAACCAGAAGAACAAGGCCGGCAACGGCAACGCGGCCGAUGAGGAAGCCGCGGCGGAAGACGACGCCGCUGGCGGGGCCAACAACGCGACCGCCAACGCCGGAGCCGAUGCGGACGCGGGCGCGGGCGCCGGAGGGGCCGCCAAGAAGGAUUCCAACAGGCGCAACGGCCGCUCUCUCAACCUCUACGCCGCGCGCAAGACCGCGCGCAGCCGUCCGGCCCUGCGCGUCUGA